UGCAGCUUGGUUUCACUGAAGAGUAAAGGCUGUACAAAAGUGGUUUAAGAAAUAACUUGGAAAUGGUGCCAUCAUUUGGAAAUCUUGGGGAACUGAUGUGUGCAGUUGAGAUUGCUAGUGCGCAACCGCAGUCGCCCCACAUGGGCAUCUGCCGGUGGCAUUAUCUAUUACAUGGACACCACGAAAGGUUUCAUGUUGCAGUGAAUGGCAUGCUCACAAUGUAUGUCAUUUCAUGACAAGCUUCUCCCGUUUGUUCUUCGCCGUUCUCACGAGCGCACCAUGGGAAAGACGCAGGUCACGGUGCACCUAAACAACUGUAAUUUAUUAAAAUGUCGCUCUGGGCCUCAUUUACCCAAAGGUGCUGUACAGCUCAGAGAAUCGGUGUCUUGCUCAAGGACACGUCAGCAGGGAGGAUGCUGGUCGACACUGAUGUUUUGAACCCUGAUCUUUGCGGCUGACGGGCUGUGGACGCCCUGUUGGUUCCUUGGUCCACUUGAUAUGUCAUUUUAGGACCAGAAAACAUACAUUUACGAGGGAAAGCUCUUGAGAAAGGCGCAGCAAAAGAAGUGGGACCGCAAGAGUCCUGUCAUUGCUCUCCGGUGACAAGUGGGCCUGUUUUACACCUUCCUUCUAAAUAAGGAAACGGCUGGAACAGACAUAUGACCAGCAACCCAAUUCGGGAGCAGCCCGAGUGCCCUAUCGUGUCCCACAGUCGUACACGCCACCAAUAAGAUUUCUUCUUUCACUCCAGAAGUGACAAUGCUAUUCCCCUCAGCUCUCCACAGACUAUGUAUUUUCCUGCUGUCAGCACUCUCUCUACCCUUGUAUUAUCCCAGCAGUGAAGUCAGCAUGAUGUCAUCUAGGAUGCGAUAUCCCUGGCAAGGUUUAGACAGGGCUUUUGGUGCGUGCUAGAGGAUUUAUUCUGAACUCUUACUGAGGGGGAAGAGAGGGAGAAAGAGAGAGCGUGUGAGAGAGAGAGCGGCGCGGAGGAGCUGCAAAACAUGGUAAUCACCACCAACAACAGCACCAUCACCAUCACCAUCACCUCCAGCUCUGCCGCGCACUCUCCCGUCUCCUCUCCUCCUCUGCACCGAGGCUUGCGUUUCAUGCCCACAGCCCUGGUCUGCGCUCCAAAAAUAACCCUCAGCCAGCAUGCCGAAGGAAGCAAAACAAGAAGGCUGGUAUUUUUAGGGUCAUUAAUUUCGACCACGUGGCCCAAAGGUAAACCGGAUGGCCGUUGCGCAAAGGUUCCUCGUCAGUAUGUCCUGCGAGGCCGGCACGUCGCACUGGACGCUGACCGCGGUGGUUCUCCUGGGCUUUCUGCUGGGGAUCGUGUCAGCGUACCCUUUACCGAGCAGCAGGACAAAUGCAACUUUACUGGAGAAACGAUGGGAGACCCUCUUCUCCCGUUCUGUACUUGGGAUCUCCGGGGAGAAACCGGAGCUGAACUGGGAGAGUGAUUAUCUGCUGGGAAUCAAAAGAGUGCGGAGGCUCUACUGCAACGUGGGCAUUGGAUUUCACCUUCAGAUCCUCCCCGACGGCAGGAUAAAUGGUGUACAUAAUGAAAACCAGUACAGUCUAAUAGAGAUCUCCACGGUGGAGAGAGGAGUGGUGAGCCUAUACGGGGUGAAGAGUGAGUUGUUUGUCGCAAUGAACAGCCGUGGAAGGUUGUACGGAACGACAGUCUUCCAUGAUGAGUGCAAAUUCAAGGAGAGUUUGCUCCCGAACAACUACAACGCCUAUGAGUCUGUGGUUUACAGAGGAUCCUACAUAGCACUCAGCAAGCAUGGCCGCGUGAAGAGGGGUAACAAGGCUACCACUGCUAUGACUGUAACGCACUUCCUCCCCCGAAUACGAUGAAGCAAAAGCAGGCAAUAAUAAACUUCUUUGCACAUGUGGAUUAUUUCACAGGUAACAUAGAUACUGCAUACGUACGUACAAACACAAAAGACAAAGUGAACUGGAAAAGAAAGAAAUACAACUAUAUCAGAUAAUAUUUAUUCAAACUUUAUAUGUAUAUUUGGGUAGAUUACUUUGUGUUAGAAAAAUCAAGGAAAUGCCAUUCUUUGCUGCUUUUAUGAUUUCCAUCAUUUUGUGAUAUGAAGGGGAUGGAGAGGUGUCCCCUUAAGUUUUUAUGGGUGCUUGCUGGAACAGACUGAGUCCUUGCCCUCUCAGUGGAUGACAGCUCAUCCUUUUGGAAAUGAAAUGGAUACGUUAUUACCUCAAAGCACCAUAUCCUGCAUAGAAGAGGAAGAAGGAAACGAGAAAUCUGUGCAUGAAAUUUCUACAGAGUUUAACUGUUUUUGUUGUCAUCCAUCAAAGACUUGGACAUUUUCCCAUCUAUUAUGUUUGAUGGUGUCCGUUACUGUCAGGGUGACUAGAGCACUUGCAAUUACAGUGGUUGUUUUUUUUUUUUUCUUGCUUUGUCAUGAGGUGGCGGUGCCUUCAAUUCCUACUUGCGGCCCCCUUACCCUUCCCCCUCCCAAUUUCUUGCAUGCAAGAAAUGUGGUGAUCAAGUCAGAAAUAGGAAAGAAACACAAGUCAUCACUCCCUCAUAAACUGUUGGCCCAAUUCCUACAGGGCCACAGGUUUCCCCACUUUAUUUUCUUUCCAUUAUUAGAUCAAUUAAGGACUUGAGACUCUAUGUUGCACAGGACCCAGUGGAGCCUCUUGUGAAUAUGGAAAGCUAGAUUUAAACUCUGCACUCGACACUCCCCAUCAAGUUCAAGGAAGCUUUGACAAUCCUGGGUUGUACUUUCACCUAUUUUGUAGCUUGAUCAUUAGGCCAGAGAGUGUGUGUGUGUGUGAGUACAUGUGUGGGCUAUGCAUGUGUGCAGUUGCUCAGUUUGAGAGCUACUUCAUUUUAAAGGUUUUUUGUCUUUCCUUGUGUGCUAGGGGGCACCUAUGUAGCAGAAUAUUAUAGACCUGAUACUAUGAAGCAUAAUGUCCCUCAUUUCUGUCUGGUUUAUGUUACGUACCCCCUGUUCAAAUGAAGUUGCAUCUAGUCUGUAGACUUGGCACUUUGUUUUUGAUGACUUACACUAUUUUAAUGAAUUUGUUUUUGACAUUGUUGAGUUUGUAGCAAUAGGAGCUUUUUAACUUUCACACUGGUUUGAUGAUAUUUGGCACCUGUCAUUGACUAGGCGGUUGAUGGCCUGGUGCGUUCAUUUAAAAGUGUAAAGAAAUAUUUAGGAAAGAGCUGGAAUGAUCCUGGGAUUAGUGAACAAGACUUCAGGUAACUCAGUCUGUCUGAUAUUUAGAUGGUUUGGAUUGUGCUUAUUGAUGCCAGAUUUUUUAAAACUAUUUAUUCAGAUUGGUCACUAAGCCACAGCAUGGCUUCUUGUGAAACAACAACAAAAGCUAUGUUACAAAAAAGGAGUGAACCAAAGAGUUAUGUUAGAAUUGUUCAUUCAGACUUUGAAUACUUGAAUUCAAUAACUGCUCCAGCUUCUGUUUCAGAUAUUGUAGUUUUCCACUGUUGAAAUGAAGAAAACAAAGAGCUGGUGAAGUUCAAGAUAGCAGUAAUGUACAUGGGACACUUAUGGGACUCUGCAUGUGGCACUGGUUGUUUGUUUAACUUGUCUAGGAUGUGGGUAAUGCAGGAUACAAUGCCUAGCAUCAGACUAGUGGGCCUGUCAUCGGUCCGUGUCAGACCUGACAGUCAGCACAGGAGUCUGGGAUUCUUGUCCCAGGCAUCUGAGGCAUUUUUAUGCCAAGGUCAGAGAUGAAGGCUUUUUGUCCUUUGUGUUACUGAUAUGGGCAUGUUUGCUGGUCCAGCUCAGUGACUUAUACCUUGUUGUUUUAUGGAACUCUGCACCUGUUAGGUCAUUUCUAGCUCUAGCUUGUGACUCAUCUGCUACAUUCAAAGCACAGAAAUAAUCUUCUGUUAACCAGCAAAAUUAAAACUUGGCGACCAUUUUAACCCCAUACCGUCAUUUCCUAACACCCGCCCAAAUUCUGAAGGGAUUUCCCGAAUCCUCUAACAAUGCAGAAUAAAAGAUAAUCCGGUCCACUUCAGGAAAAUUAUCACUUUAAUUAGUUUCACAGCUAUGUCUAGUCUUCACAUAUAAAAAAAAGAUGGCGACAGGAAAUGUCGUCAUCACUCUGGCUUUGUGUGAAAAUGGCUUGACUUCAUGUAUUAUUUAAUCAAUUUCAAUAAUAAUUUCACUUAAAUUUCAAUAAUACAAGAGUAAUAAUAAUAUAAUAGGUUCCAAUGAUACAUUCAUGCUCAACUUUCAAAAAAGAAAAGUGAGAGAGAUGACAUUAUUUUCUGUUGCCAUCUUUACUGAACUGAAAAGAAACUGUAUGACUUGAAAAACUGACUAAAAUUAUAUUUUUCCUGGACUGGACAAGAUUAUUUUUGAUUCCAUAUAAUUAGAAGACUGUGAGGAUUCAGAAACUACCUUCAGAAUGUGGGCGAGUGUUAUGAAAUGAUGGUAUGUGGUUAAAAUAUUCAACAAGUCUCAGUUCUGUAUGUUCAAGGAAGAUUAUCUGUGUGACUUGAGUGUAUGUAAUGCAUGAGUCACAAGUUGGGGCUAGGUCAGUUCUUGAUCAAGACAAGAAGAGUUGUCUGUUAAUGUGCAAUAAAGAGCAGAGCCCUUUUAAUGCUGAAAUGGAAUGCAGCUGAAGUGGGCUUUUGAUGAUUUGGAGUUUCAGUGCAUGACCUGCCAUAUUCUGUAAGUAGUAAAUUAGCAGUCAGACCAGUGUGGUAAAAUAUGUUUUACCUCAUGUCAUUUGUAACAUUACUGAGAGGUGGUUUGCCUGCCCUUUAAGCUCAUCUUCCUGUCUAGUAGCAGAGAUGAAUGUGCAGUAUCUGGUCAGAAUGAGUGUAUAUGUAUGUACUGUGUGUGUGUGUGUGUGUGUGUGACUGAGCACACUCCUGUCAUGUUCUGUUUCUGCCAAAGCACAGUAGAGAUAGUAUCAGAUUAAUUAACUUUGAGUCAGGAAUAACAGGGCAUUGUCUGACUGUGCAUGCUGAUGUACUGUACUCUCCUCCCAGGAGACGAUAAAGAUGAGUGGGAUGGAAAAAGUAACACAGAGGCUAGUGAAGGAUGGCUGUCAAAUAAUUUAAAAAAACACUGACUGUGGUUAAAGGUGGUAGUUACUGUAGCAAAAAGGCCACAUAAAAAGAAUCAAAUGCUUCCAGGAGAGGGACACUUGAGUUAACAGACUGUCUGGUCGACUGAAUACUGUGAUCUGAGAGAGCAACUCGACACUCCCAGGAUGUCAUAUUUCAUGUUUUUGAAUAUGGACAUUAUUGUCUGUUGUUUUGGGGGGAUUUUUGCCUUGAGCAUCUUAUCGCUCAUUUUUAUUGAUCAGCCUUUAUGAUCAGAAUAUGAUCGGUGUAGCUUUUUCGGGGCUGAUUUUGUGGCAGCAAAGAGCUGGUUGGACAGAUAUUUUGGCAAAUUUGUCAAAAUAUACAAAAUGUGCAACGUUUUUUAUGUAGUGCAAUUUGCUCAGCAGGGGUAGAUGCUGUUCUCCCUUGCUAUGCUUUCAUCAACACAAGCUCACAUGCAAGCUCAAAAGUACUUGCUUUUUGAUGACAACAUUGUGUCAAUUACUGUAAGUUUAUUUUUGAUUUUAUUAUAGUAUGUAUUAGAGGACACUGUUAGCACAGCAAGCAGACUGGGAAUAGUAAAGUGUAAAGUGCAAUGGCUCCUCCAGCUGUAAAAGACACCUGAUAAGUUUCUAUUGAGGGACAUGAAGUUGAUAUUGUUUACUCCAAAAGCCACUUAGCUUGGUGUCAGAUUUUCAAAGCUUGAGAAGAACUGAGAGUCUAAGGGAAAAAUUCCCCUGUUACAACUUUUGCAUGAUAUUAUUUUGAGGCAGAAAAGGUUGUAUGAUAUAGCAGUAACUGAGAGAAAGUAAUUAAUGCUAAGAAAAAUGUAGUCCUUUAGCAUUAACCCUUAUUUUCUUAAUUCCUCAUUAUGCAUAUAGGUGUGUGUUACCCUUUUGAUUACGGAUCCAGUGUCUGGAUUUUGCCAUUGUGCUCAUCAUACCUGUUCAGCUGGUUUUCAAAUGUGUUGGUUCACAGGGAAGCGGAGGUCUGUGGGAGGAUCUGGGAUCAGGCUUGUGUGCGUGUGUGCAUGUGUGUGUGUGUCCCUGUGUGCCAGCAGCCUUUGUGUUUUUCUCUCAGUUUUCUAUUCCUGCACUGGGGGAGAGUGCUUCCUCUGAGUCCCCCUCCUCUUUUUUAACAUAUACCUCACCUUCUGCCUUAGUUCCGAUUAUUGAAAUGAUUGUAAAUUAGUUUGAAACAACAGACUUCUCCAAUCAUUUGUUUAUGAAAAUUAUGAUAAUGAGUAAGUAAAAUACUAUAUUACAAAUGGUUUUCCUUUUAUUUUUGUACGUAUGUGCUGUGCACAGCAGUCAACUGUGUUCCUG